UCCCCACUGUCCGCCCCGGUGCAUGACGGGGGAUAUUUAUCCAACAUGGCGGCUGCACGGUUGUGUUUUGGGUGCUGCGGGCCCCGUCCUGAGGAACCUAGACCUCCUGAAGAAAUGACCCUGUUGGGAGAGGGGUCACAUGAGGAAGAGGAACAUCUCCCUAGGAAAGACUACGAGAGCCUUGACUAUGACUGCUGUUUCAAUGAGCCAUAUAUCCACAUGCUAGAGAAACAAGACUCCAGAACGAGUAGCAGAAACGAAGCUGUACGUUGGGUGGUGACGUUAUUUGUAGGAAUUUUUACUGGGCUAGUUGCACUGUUUAUAGAUGUUGUUAUCAAGGAGCUAAUGGGACUAAAAGUUGGCAUUGUGAAAAACUGUAUAGAGUUGUUGAGUGUGAAGGGGUACCUGGUUUUAUCACUCCUGGUACUCCUGGCAUUCAACUUGUCAUUCACAUUCAUAUCUGGACUCUUCACUGCAGCGGAGCCCCUAGCAGCAGGUUCAGGUAUACCAGAAGUGAAGUGUUACCUGAACGGAGUAAAGGUUCCCAGAGUUGUUCGACUCUUCACCUUGGUGUGUAAAGCUGUGGGUGUGCUCUUCAGUGUAGCUGGAGGUUUGCUGGUAGGGAAGGAAGGACCCAUGAUCCACAGUGGAGCGGUUAUAGGUGCAGGUGUACCACAGCGAAUAUGGAGAAAGUUGGGACUUCAACAACGGGACAAGAGGGACUUUGCUUCCAGUGGAGCUGCAGCUGGAGUAGCAGCUGCCUUUGGAGCCCCCAUAGGGGGUGUGUUAUUCAGCCUGGAGGAAGGGUCCUCCUUCUGGAACCAGAUGCUGACAUGGAGAACUUUCCUGUGUUCUAUGACAGCAGCCUUCACUUUGAACUUUCUUCCUAAUCCGUCUUCUGACAACACUGCCUGGGGCAGCUUCUACCAGCCUGGUCUGCUCACCUUUGGACAGUUUAAGUGCCCAGAAGGGGAACGAGGAUGCCAGUUGUGGACAGUACUGGACCUGUUUGUGUUUAUAGUGAUGGGAGUAGUAGGUGGACUGCUAGGGGCUCUGUUUAAUGCCAUCAACACCAGACUGACCAAACAUCGCAUGAAACACGUCCACAACAGACAUCCUGCCAUCAGGGUUCUGGAAGUCCUCCUGGUUACCAUGGUGACCACUAUCGUGGCGUUCACGGCCGCCAUGACCCUUGGCGAGUGUAAGGAGGUGGCGCCGAUCGUGAUCAACGUGACCAGCCCGGUGGAGCAGACGGUCCAGUACUUCUUCUGUCCCAACGGAACUUACAACGACAUGGCCACUCUGUUCUUCAACACCCAGGAGACGUCCAUCAGACAACUCUUCCAUCAAGAAGCUACCUUCAGCCUGCAGUCCCUGGGGAUUUUCUUCCUGUUGUUUUUCUGUCUGUCCUGUUGGACGUACGGAACCUCCGUCCCCUCUGGGCUGUUUGUCCCCUCCCUCCUCUGUGGUGCAGCCUAUGGACGCUUCGUAGGAAAUCUUCUCAAAAUGCUUCCAGGUUUCGAGCACAUCUACUCUGGAACCUUCUCUCUGAUAGGAGCAGCAGCGUUUCUGGGCGGGGUAGUACGCAUGACGAUAAGCCUCACUGUCAUCCUGAUAGAAUCGACCAAUGAGAUCAGUUACGGACUACCCAUCAUGAUCGUGCUCAUGGUUGCAAAGUUUACAGGUGACCUGUUCAACCAUGGCCUGUAUGACAUCCACAUAGAGCUGAAGGGAGUACCUCUACUAGAGUGGCACCCACCUCAUGGCAUGGAUAGAUUAUGUGCUUCCGACAUCAUGGAGACGUCACUAUCGUACAUCUACCCGCACACACGGAUCCAGUCCAUCGUGAGUAUCCUACGCACCACGCGGCACCACGCCUACCCGGUCGUCACCGAGAACCACGACAGCAUGGUGGAGAGACGGGCACGGGCCAAAGCCAACACCAUGGUCAGCAACAACAUCAAGUUCAGGAAUGAGAACAGCCUGACGCGAGCAAAUGAGCAGAUGCGUCGGAUCAUGUCGCGACGAUCGGCCGAGAUCAAAAUCCUGGAGGAUCAGGAGCAGAGAUCACGCAGCGGCAGUAUGGACAGCAGAAAUGCAGAGGAGGAUAUUAACUUCACUCUCAUGACCAGCAGUGUUGAGCUGUACCGAGGCCUGAGCCCCACAGCAGAGGACCACGGUUUCGGGGACAAGUUCAAACCUCUGACGUUCCACGGCCUAAUCCUGAGACACCAGCUCAUCACCCUACUCUCCAGGGGAGUCUGUUAUGCAGAAAACACGCCUAGUUCUUGCCAGCCAACCUUGACAUAUGAGGAGCUCACAGAAGAUUACCCGCGUUGGCUAGACAUUCAUGAUGUGGACCUCACUCAACUCCACCCCAGGAUGAUCAUGGAUGUGACGCCCUACAUGAACCCCUGCCCCUACACAGUGUCUCCUAACACACCUGUCCCGCAGGUCUUCAAACUGUUCCGUACCAUGGGACUCAGACAUCUACCGGUAACCAAUGACAUGGGAGAGAUUGUCGGCAUUGUGACCAGACACAACCUAACCACAGAAAACCUCAAGCAGAAACUGAAGGACAGUCAGCACAAUGCCUGAUGAAAAAGGUUUGGAAAAUAGACUGUUCACAUCCUCAGGAGAGCUACUUAGGAUAGUAUGUAUUAGGCCACAUCAGUAAAACUUG